AUGGAUAAUGAACAUUUAAUUCAAUUAAUGAAAUCAAUUGAUUUUUCAUGUAAAAAACAUAGAGAUCAAAGAAGAAAAGAUUCACAUAGUACACCAUAUAUUAAUCAUCCAAUUGGUGUUGCCUAUAAUUUAAUCAAAGCAGGUGUUUAUGACAGUGAUAUUUUACAAGCUGCAAUAUUACAUGAUACAAUAGAAGAUACACAAACUACAAAAGAAGAAAUUAUUAAAGAAUUUGGUGAAAGAGUUGCAUCAUAUGUUAUGGAUGUAACAGAUGAUAAAUCUUUAUCAAAACAAGAAAGAAAGAAACAUCAAAUUGAACAUGCAUUACAUAUUCAAAAUGAAUCGAAAUUAGUUAAAAUGGCUGAUAAAUUAUUCAAUCUUAGAGAUAUUCAAACUAAUGCACCACCAUCUUGGUCUGUUGAUGUAAUUCAAGGUUAUUUCGUUUGGGCAAAAGCUGUCAUUAACAAUUUAAGAGGUCAAAAUCAAUGGUUAGAAUCUCAAUUGGAUGAAAUCUUUAAUUCAACUUUUACUUUUAAAGGUUCUCAAUAUCCAACUAUACCAUGCACUCCUGAUAAAGAACCUGAAAUAUUAGAAAAUUAUUAUAAAAUUUUAGUUGGUAAAGAUUAA